UUCUCAAAUAUUGAUACAGCUAAUAAGUUCAAUACGCGAUGUUACCGAGGAAAGAAAACGGAACUGGUACAAAUAAAAUUUUCUGAGAAAACACAGAACACAAAGGCAAAGACAGCUGGGGGGCACGACAAACACCUCUUUCACCACCACCACCCAGUCAGUUGGUGCCCGUGGUGAGGUGUGGUAGGCCGUGUCGGGGAGGGCUGAGGCAGGGUGCGGCCUGUUUGUGUGGCAGGAGUUCUGUGAAUGUGUUAAGCCUGCGAUCGGUGUGACACUUAGGCCCGCCACCCCGGGAAGGAUCCAGCACCAAGACGCCUGUUCCAAUCCCCCGCACCAAAAUAAACUGAAAUGAAGGAAAACUUAUCCAAAGAGGCCGAGUAUCAUAAACUAACUGUGGCAAAGGAUGCAUAAUCAUAUAAGACCAAAUGACGAGUCACGUUCUAACAGUGGUCUGUCCAUUACAUCAAUACUGAGCACCUCGUUAAAAGCAACACAUACGACUUAAAAUUCUAGUCUGAAUUAUACAAGGCGUUUCUAAGCCCCACGCCAGACUAUCGCUCGUAGUGUAAGCAUGCCAACAUGCAGCGGGCUGCCAGAGUACUCAACCACUUUGUGGUGAACGACAAGGUGUUCAGAAGCUCCCGAGUAAACGCCGAAAGUAUGGGGCACCGAUCUUACUCCAAGGAUAGCAGAAAAAAGAAAUGGACUCCGCUCGCUGUUUUUAUUCCCAAGUCCUCAGACUAUAAGAAGAGGGACGUGCACGCUAACGCAGGGGUCGCCCCGGAUGGUUCCAAAAUGUGUGCACACGUGAGUGGUCAAGGCCAUGGGCGUCCAGGGGCCGAAGAAAGUUCUCCGAGUCAAGAAAUAAAGCCGUUUUCCGCCAUACCAGGACCCAAGCCACUCCCGCUCGUGGGCAACAUGUUCCUCUUCACUGCUCUGGGAGGCUACCCGCUGGAGAGGUUCUGGGAGACGGCGCAGCGGCUCCACGAGAAAUACGGCCCCGUGGUGAAGGUGGCUCGCUACUCCGGCAAGAAGGACAUGGUGGUGGUGUACCGGCCGGAGGACACUAAGAAGAUAUUCCAGGCGGAGGGACGCUACCCGCAGCGGCCCGUGCUGGACAUCCUCACCCAUUACCGAUCAAAACGGCCCCAGUGGUUCACCUCCCCCGGCCUCGUCCCAGGGAACGGACCGGAGUGGCGUCGGCUGCGCAGCGCCAUCCACCCCCUGCUGCGGCUAGAGGUGGUUACUGCCUACCGCGCCGCGCAGACCGAGGUGGCUGACGACCUGGUUCGCGUCAUUGCGGCCUCCAGCCAGAGCAGCGACAAGACCAUUAAGGGAGAACCACUGAAGUACACCGUGCCUGAUCUCCUUCCGCUCUUAUUCCACUACACGUUAGAAGCCGUGGGCGUGGUGUCGCUGGGCACACGCCUAAGAUGCCUCACCAACGUCUUCGACCAACGCGAGGAGAACCGGCGAGCUCGCAGCGUCAUCUCGGCCAACUCCGAGGCCCUGACCGUGCUGGGGGAAUCCGUUUUCACUCCUCCGCUUUAUAAACUCUUCCCCACCAAGCGGUACCGUCGUCUGGCCAACGCCCAGGACACCAUCUUUAGGGUGGUGCAAGAUGAGAUGUCUCGGCGGCGGGAGGAGCUGCGUCGUGACCCUGAGGGCUUCCCGGAGCGGCACCCCUUCCUGGCGGCCCUCAUGACCAGCCCCGACCUCUCCGUCCAGGACCUCUCCCUCCUGCUGGCCGAGGUGUUCCAGGGUGGCGUGGAUGCAACGGCCACCACACUGGGGUUCAGCGUGUACUACCUGGCCGGCCACCCCGCCGCGCAGGACCAGCUGCUGAAGGAGGUGCAGGACGUCCAGCCCGCCACACACACUCUUCAGGGCCUGUCGUACCUCCGCGCCGUGCUGCAGGAGACCCUUCGCCUUCGCCCCUCGGCCUCGGCACGCAGCAGGAUCAUCGAGGAGGACACGGUGUUUUCAGGCUACUUCGUGCCCGCCAAGACGUUCGUCAUGUCGCCUCCUGUUGUGUCCUGCCACGACCCUCGAGUCUUCCCGGAGUCCCACAAGUUUCUGCCUGAGCGCUGGCUUCCUACCAACCGCACCGCCGCCUCAGACCCCGCAUCAGCCUCGCCUUCCCCUGCCCACCUAAAACCACGGGGCGCCGGAGGAGCGAAGAUUGACCCCUACACUGUCCUGGCGUUCGGUCACGGAGCUCGGAUGUGUCCCGGGAGGCGUCUUGCUGAGCAGGAGAUCUACCUCGCUCUUAUACAGCUGGUGAAGGCGUACAAAAUGGAGCUGGCCCAGCCUGCGAAGACCGUGGGUCAGGUGAUGAGGCUCAACAUGAUGCCCGACGCACCCAUCGCCGUGACCUUCACCCCGCGCUCUUAAUGUUCGGCGACAACGAGAGUCUCGGACCCGUGCAGGGCGUCCAGUGCAGCGGGGCGCGGAGAGGCUGCAGGGGCGAGAUGAAUUAUACACCUGCGGCUCAUAGCAAAGAACCCAAGAGGAACAAAGAGCCGGGCAACACAACAACACGAUAAUGCGUAACAGCUGUAUCGCAGUGAUGAAAGAAAAUGAGGGCACUAGCCACACACACACACACACACACACACAAGCAAUAUGUCAUUUCAGUAGAUGUUUGUGGUGCUCUGUUGUGAUCGGAUGCUGCUGGUGUUGUGGUGAUGGUGUUGGUGUUGGUGAUGGUGGUGGUGAUGGUGGUUGUGGUGUUGGUGGGCCAGGCCGUUAUGGCGGCAGCGGUGGUGGUGGUGGAGGGACCGGCGCGGGUGUGUGUAGUGGCGGUGGUCGGCAUUGAUAUUCAGGAGAUAUGGCGUCCUUGAAGCCAGGAAAAAACGUAGCUGUCGGGAAUUUCGACGAAGAAACAAUAAUAACGUAGUCCCCGCGGCAAGUUUCUCCGCGCCAGCCAUCAGCGGGGCCAUUAGCAGGCCGUGAGGGCGUCAGUCGACCUUUUUCAUCGCAGCUCCUCCAUUUUAACUUUUACUCUACUAGGAAAUAAAAGAUAAGAAGCCCUUUAGCGCAACGUUUAGAGCGUGCGUGAGUCUGAGCAUUUUGAGGGAGUCGGCGCAAGUCGGCCCAGGACGAGGGGCCGAGCGCGCGAUCAGGGACUGUGAAAUCAAAUAAUUAUUUCCUAUUACAGUACCUUUGCAGAACACUUUCUCCACACUGUAUACACACAGGGAAUAAAAGAAUAUGAAACUAAAGAUCAAUCAGGUUGAAUUACGACUAAAUUGUCUUCCAAAAGUCUUAGGAAACUCGGAAAGAAUAUUAAAUGAUCGAGGGAACCGACGAUCUGUUAACCCGUCCGCUGCGAUUGGCACAGAUUUGUUCUUCACUGGUAGCCUGGUAACAUAUUAGUCCCAGGUCUUCCUCUGCCUCUGUGGUGGAUAGUGGAGUGUUUCCCAUGUGUUAUUGGUAUGCUGGAUAUCCUCUCCCAAGGUGCCGAACUUCACAUUUUUCUUCAUUGAAUUGUAGCAGCCAAUUUUUGCUCUACUCCUGUAACUUGGUGAUGUCUUCUUGUAGGAAAUCAGCAGGCAAGGGGUUAAAGAAGAACGCAUAUCGAAUGAAAAUGAAAUCACUCACGGCAACAGUAGAGGUCAGACAGACUCGUGUUUGAAAAGAUAGGCAGAGGCUGGUUCUAAAAAAUGUAAUGAAUGCAUGUGAAUAAGUGAAGCAAUAUCGUGUCGUAUUUAAUGUAAUUCAAAACUUCGAAUGAGGGCAGGCAAACCGAGAAGGCAGAUGCUUAGUAAAUAACUCUUAGGUGCUGCCACGUAUGGUUUGAAGGCAGAUGCUUAGUAAAUAACUCUUAGGUACCGCCCCGUAUGGUUUGAAGGCAGAUGCUUAGUAAAUAACUCUUAGGUGCUGCCCCGUAUGAUUUGAAGGCAGAUGCUUAGUAAAUAACUCUUAGGUGCUGCCCCAUAUGGUUUGAAGGCAGAUGCUUAGUAAAUAACUCUUAGGUGCUGCCCCAUAUGGUUUGAAGGCAGAUGCUUAGAAAAUAACUCUUAGGUGCCGCCGCGUAUGUUUUGAGUGACCUCUCGGUACUUCCCUUCUUUGUGUUUGUCAUGACAGGCUUGAAAACACUGGCGGACAGAUGCUUUAUCGGUGGAAAAGGUAAAGACAAAUAGGCCUUUUUUUUACAGCAGAGGAGUCAGUUCAAGGGCAUAAAAAAACGCAGCAAAUGUGAAAAAAAGCCCGCUACUCACUGCUCAUAUAAAAGUUAGAGGAGUGGCCGAAAGAUAGUCAAUUUCGGGAGGAGAGGUGUCCUAAGCAGUCUUAUUUCACUUAUCAAGCAUGAAUAAACAGACUGGCAGCAUAGCAUAGGGAUAUGAAUACGUUGUCUAGCGUAGCGGAACCGUAGAGUUAGGGAGCGUUGUCUCAUAAAACAAGAUAUGUAAUUAUGAGAGAAUGUAUGUCAUUGAAGAAGAUUGCCACAAGAGCGGUAUUCCAGCUUAUUAUUUUUCCCCGUAUUUUCUUUCCCUCCCUUAUUCUCUUCCUCAUCUUUGUCUUUCCUCUUCCUCCCCUCAUCACCCUUCUCCUUAAUUCUCCCCUUUAUCUUCUCCCUUCCUCAUUUCCUCUCUCAUCUGGUUCCUUUCUCUUUCUCCCCGCUCGCCUCUAAUUUUCUCUCCCUUCCUUCUUCUCCCCUCAUCUCCCUUCUCCGUCAUUUUCCUCUUAAUCUCCCUUCUACAUUUCCCCCCUUUAUCUGCUUUCCCACUCACCUAUUCUGUGUUUCAUUCUUUCGUCCAUUCUCAUUCAUUCCUCAUUCCCCUCCUUAUCUUCUCCUUUCCUCUUCCUUUCUCUUCCCUGCUUCCAUCCUCACUCUCUCGACUGACAGAUAAUCCCAUGCCCUUGACUGACACUUAAGCUGGGACUCAACAGAACGGCUUCUUCACCCUAGCUCGUCUGGCAUUCUUCUCUACAAUUGAGGAGUAAAAUCCCCGCUCUUUUUCUGGGGUAAGUAGAACCCAGUGGAGCGGCCUCACCAACCUGGCGUGGCCAUAAGCUCGCUGACAGUAAGACGCCGCGGAAAGUGCUCAAGUCUCCCCGCUCAAGUCGGCCCGCGCAGCCUUGGCGGAGGGGAGCUCUCAGGAGGCGAACUCAAGAGAUUGUUUGGUGAUGUUUAACUCUCCGUCUCGUUGUGUGGGACUCACUUUCUCUCUUACUCCUCCUCCUUUUUCAUCUGUUCCUUUCUCAUCCUCAGCGCUCACAUAUCCACCCCCCCCCUCCCCAUCUCAUUCUUCUUUCCCUUAUUUUCCUUCCUUUCCUCAUUCUUCUUCUUAUCUUUUCUUUCGUGAUGCUUAAUUCUUCGUCGAGUUGUUUGGGUUAAUCAGGAAUCCAUUAGAGGGAGAUGCUUUUCCUUAGUAGCUCUGCCUAAUCUAUCUCUACUGUGAAAAAUGAUGUAGAGGAUUAACAUUUCUCAAAGCGACUGUAAACUUUUAACUGGGUGAAAAAUUAGCGACACAAAAGCUCCAUUCCGCAACGGGUCUGCCAAUUUUGUUUGAUUGUUACACCGUUUGACGCAAUGGGAAUGGAAUUUGUGUGAAUGCGCGCCGUUCAGAACUCCGAUUUGUAUGUUGUGUGUGUAUGUGUGUGUUUUGUUUUGUUAUCUUUCCAUGUGUGUGUGUGUAUGUGUGUGUGUGUGUGUGUGUGUGUGUGUGUGUGUGUGUGUGUGUGUGUGUGUGUGUGUGUGUGUGUGUGUGUGUGUGUGUGUGUGUGUGUGUGUGUGUGUGUGUGUGUGUGUGUGUGUGUGUGUGUGUGUGUGUGUGUGUGUGUGUGUGUGUGUGUGUGUGUGUGUGUGUGUGUGUGUGUGUGUGUGUGUGUGUGUGUGUGUGUGUGUGUGUGUGUGUGUGUGUGUGUGUGUGUGUGUGUGUGUGUGUGUGUGUGUGUGUGUGUGUGUGUGUGUGUGUGUGUGUGUGUGUGUGUGUGUGUGUGUGUGUGUGUGUGUGUGUCCCUUCCUCACUUAUUUAAUCUUUUCCUUCCUUCUUCUCCCCUCAUCUCCCUUCUCCAUCAUUUUCCUCUUAUUCACCCUUCUACAUGUGUGUGAUUAGUUUAGUCUACGUUUCUUGUACCCAAAGCAAAAGAACAGAAGUGAGAAAAUGGCUUAUAAAUCUCUGGAGGCAUUAACGUUAUAGGGAAGGCAACUGUACUGAUUUUCCCUCAAAUACAUAGAAGUCAUCUCUUACGAAACACAGUGGAGUAAGGAAAACGUCAAUGCUGAGGUAAUUUUCAUGUUUUACCAAUGUUUCAAGAGUAGGAUAUGACAUAAUGAUUUCUCUUCGUUUCCCGUUAUCGCUUCUGUUUUCCUAUUGUGUUGUUUAUCCUGUUUUCUCGUCCAUUCUCUCCUAUUCCCUCUUCGUCUUUCGCCUCUUAUCAGCGGCUGUUCUAAUUUUCGUGGUUAUAAUAUUACACGACUCCUCUUCGUUUCCUCUUACCGUUUAUGUCUCCGUUCCCUCUUGUACUGUUUCCCUGUUUUCUCGUCCAUUCUCUCCUAUUCCCUCUUCGUCUUUCGCCUCUUAUCAGCGGCUGUUGUUAUUUUCGUAGUUAUAAUAUUACACAACUCCUCUUCGUUUCCUCCUACCGUUUAUGUCUCCGUUCCCUCUUGUACUGUUUCUCUGUUUUCUCGUCCAUUCUCUCCUAUUCCCUCUUCGUCUUUCACCUCUUAUCAGCUGGCCGAAUACGCUGGAGUCGCCCGGAAGUUUACCACCCUUGAAAAAGUUCAGCUCCCACAAGAAACGUCAAAUCCUUUUCCAUCAUCCGGGAUCAGCGAUGCAUUAAGGCCUUCUUACUCCCCUAACCUGCACCCUUCCCGCGCCUGUCUCGCCGCCUGUCUUUUCCUUCAGGACGUUCAACAUUUUCCUCACGUCUUUGUCGUUGUUCAGCCUCGCAUUUACCUUGAAUUUAUGAUUUUCUUCCCCUACUUGACAAGGGCGAAAGUUUUUUUUUUUUCGCUUGUCGUUGGGGUCUCCGUCAGAGGUGGUUUUGAAUGUCUGGGAGUGAUUUUCUGUGUCUGUUUAGUUGCUUGUGUCUCAGUUUAUCUAUCGAGUAUACUUUUUGCCACUCAUCAGAGGUGGUUUUGAAUGUCUGGUAGUGAUUUUCUGUCUGUUAAGUUGCUUGUGUCUCAGUUUAUCUAUCGAGUAUAUUGUUUACCACUCCGUCAGAGGUGGUUUUGAGUGUCUGGUAGCGAUUUUCUAUGUCUGUUUAGUUUUUUUUUUACAGCUAAGGAGAUAGUUCAGGGGCGUAAAGAAAAAAAAAGCCCGCUACUUACUGCUCCUGAAUAGAGGUCAAAGGAGUGUCCGAAAAGAGAGGUCUCAGUUUAUUUAUCGAGUAUAUUUUUUGCCACUCCGUCAGAGGUGGUUUUGAAUGUCUGGUAGUGAUUUUCUAUGUCUGUUUAGUUGCAUGUGUCUCGGUUUAUCUAUCGAGUAUAUGUUUUGCCACUGUCUCUGUUUCCGUAA